AGUACAAAACCCAAAAACCCAUCCACAAAAUCCUUGCUGUGCAUUCCAAGGGGAUAUCGUAGGGAGUGAGACAUCAUCAUUGUCACUAUGGAAGUGGAAUCGAAUAAUAAGCGCUCCACCAACGGCGCCCGUCACUCCUCCCAUUCGCCGGCGGGAUCCGAUUCCAAGGAGAGUUCCGUGGAGCGGGAGCUGAACGGAGAGAUUCAGGCGGUGGAGCUGAACGGCAGUGGCCACUCGAACGGGCAUAUCAAGAAGCCGCUGCCCGUGGAGGAUGGCCGGAUCAAGCGCAAGGCCAAGCGGCUCAUCCAAAGACAGAACAGUGGCUCCGGCGGCAGUCCCAAUCAAACGAAUGGCAAUGGAGUGGCUGCCGCGGCUGCUGGAGCUGCUGCCCCGCCGCUGGCCAUCAACGGCAUCCUGCCCUCGCCCGGCGGCUAUGUGGUGCCCCAUCGUCGCUGGAAGAACAGCCGGCGAUCGAGGAAUCUCGCCCGAGGCCGGGGAUUGCCCAAGAAGGGCGGAGCCGGUGGCAAGGGCGUCUGGGGAUUGCCCGGCUCGGAGGCUCUGGCCGAGGUGUACGAGGACGAGAACGAUCCCAACUACGACAGCGAGUGCAACGAUCGGAAUGUCGAGCUGCGCGAGGUGAUCACGGAGAUUACGCCCGAGGAGUUCUUCAAGCUGGCGGAGCCCAUUGUCCUGGAGUACUACGAGCACGGGGAUCCGCACGAGGUGGCCCUGAGCUUCGAUGAGAUCCUCCAGGGUCCGCUGCGUGAACACAUAACCAGUAUUCUCGUGGAGAUCGCCAUGGAUCACAAGGAUUCGCAGCGGGAGAUGACCUCGGUGCUGAUCUCGGAUCUGUACGGACGGGUUAUCACCGGCAAGGACAUCGAGAAGGGCUUCAACAUGCUGCUGGCCAAUCUGCCGGAUCUCAUCCUUGACACUCCAGAGGCGCCCACCAUGCUGGGCAACUUUAUGGCCCGUGCGGUGGCCGACGACUGCAUUCCGCCCAAGUUUGUGGUGAAGGCAGAGGAGGAGCUCCGGAGCCUCGAGCUGGGCGAGCAUGCCGAGCAGGCCCUCCGUCGCGCCGACUCGCUGCUCCACAAGCAGGUGUGGGCCCAUCUGGACAACGUCUGGGGCAUGGGUGGCCCCUUGCGUCCCGUGAAGACGAUCACCAAGCAGAUGGAGCUGCUGCUCAAGGAGUACAUAUCCUCGCGGGACGUGGCCGAGGCCCAGCGCUGCCUGCGCGCCCUCGAGGUGCCGCACUAUCAUCACGAGCUCGUCUACGAGGCGAUCGUCAUGACCCUGGAGUCACUCAGCCAGACCACCGAGGAGGCCAUGUGCGAGCUGCUCAAGCAGCUAGAUCUCACCUGCCUGGUGCUGCCCGCGGGCAUGGAGCAGGGUUUCAUGCGCGUCUUCGAUGACAUGGCGGACAUCGUUCUGGAUGUGCCCCUGGCCUAUAUAAUACUCGAUCGCUUUGUCGAACGCUGCAAUCGCGCCGGAUUCCUUACCGACAAGAUUAUUAACAAUGUGCCAUCGCGCGGGCGCAAGCGUUUCGUUUCGGAGGGCGAUGGCGGUCAUGUGAAGCCAGCUACCUUGCCCAUGCGCGAUUAAAUCGGGAUUACGGGGCCCUUAUAUGCUUCAUAUGCUUAUAUAACGACUCCAACUCUCCCCAAGGACACCGAAAGAAGCAACAACAGAGGAACCACAACAACAACAAAACACCAAAUUACAAAAAAAAAAGGAGAAAAUGCAAAGAAUACAAAAACAAUUGAUAAGAAAAGACGAAAUGGAGAAUUUGUCGCAAAUCUUGAUAGAAAGAACCUACCCUCAACGGUCACACACACACAAAAAACAAACAAUCAAUCGGAAUUUGAUCUCCGUUUAAACUAUAUUCAUAAUUAUAAAACCUACAUAAACACCUACAACGUAUAUCUAACCUACAUGUAAAACUAAAAACGUAAAGCGAAAGUAUAUUUUAAAGAUUUGUAAAAACGAGAUGAGUGAAAAAAAAAUAAGAUCACAAACCAAGAGAAUCCAGAAUGAGGAUCAGGAUACUAAUGAGCAACGAUGCAGCAUUUGUUGUGGGUUUUCUUUUGAGUUGGGAUCAUCGCAUCGCAUAUGACGAAGGAUGGUUGGAGAACCAGAACAGCAGCGUACUUAGCACGCUGCGCAUGCCACUUGAAAGCAAAGCAUAUUACUUAUACGAAACUGUUACACACGACACACUCGUACACCCCUGAGAAAUUGGUUGAAAAGUUGUAUGAAAUUUAUGUUUAACCACCACUGUUAUGCAGCCAAAACAGCACACAAAUUCCAUUGAUUUAUUGAUUUGAAAUUCAGCAAAACAAAAAAAAACCCAUUUUAAUUACUUCCUAAGCGCAUCGUCAUGAUUUCUUUCCUUAAUUUUUUGUAACUGUGUGUUAGAAGACUAACAUAGUUAAGCUUAAUUUUACAUAUUACGUACGUUUACCAACGGAUUCAUCUCUUUCCCGCUGCUAUAUCUUUUUUUUUUUUGAUUGUUUGGAUUGAAUAAACGUUGCAUUUUAUAAGAUAA